GGUAGUAUGCAGUCACAUACAAAAAUCGGAAAUGGGGCCAGUUUGUGCUACUAUACCGAAAAGGUUGGGAAAGCCGUUUUUAUAUGCGGCCAUUUAGUACCAGCUUGGCAUAGAAAGGCACAGAAGUAAAGAUGGCUCGGAGCAAAGCCAGGAAGUCCGCAAAGACUAAACGAAGUAAAAAUGCCGUAGAAGAAAUAAAGAAGCAGGAAUCGGAACCAAUAGAAGAUCAAUUAGAAGAUGAAGUAGUACAAGAAAAUAUGAAUUCCGAAAAGACAAAGAGUGAAGACAUAAAGGAAGAGGAAGAGGUAGCACAAGAACAAGAACAAGCAGAAGAGCAAGCAGAAGAAGAAGAAGGAUACAAUGAAGAAGAUGAUGAGGAUUAUGAUCCCGAACUGAAAGCAGUAACAGCCGAGGGAGAUGAAGAGGAUGAAGAAGAUGAAGAAGAUAAAACCACUGUACCUGACUAUUCUGGUAUAGAGUCAAGUGUUAGUCAAAUUAGAACUAGAAGUCAAAAGUUAGUCUCUUCAAGCAAGAAAAGAGCUACACAUAUAGGACUGUUUGAAACCGAUGAAAGAGGACUCGUUAAAGAAGUUGGAACAUCACUUGAUCUUGAUGCUAUAUUUCGUGAUAUGAAAAAUGGAACUGAUGCAGUUCAAGAAUGGAAAGCAUCAGCCAAUAAUCAAAUUGAUAGUCAAACCGAAGAGAAAUCAGAUAAACCAGAAUCUACUAAUGAUGGGAUUUUAGCCCCUAAGAAAAUUAAAAUUGAAACUUCAUAUGCAUUUGCUGGUAAAUUGGUUACUGAAACUAAAUAUGUUGAUGAAGAUUCAGCUGAAGCUAAAGCAUAUUUAAAUACUACAGCAUCAAUUACAGUUAAUCCUAAACAAAAUAAAAAGAAUCGAUCAUUUGUAAAUGUUAUACGGAAAGUUGUUAAGAGUGAAGAAGAAAAAGAAUUACGAAUAAAAUUAAAAAGACCAUCAUUAAUUGAUAAUUUUAUGGAAUCUUAUGGGACUAAAAAGCAAAAAUUAACUACUUUAGAAAAAUCCAGAUUAGAUUGGGCAAGUUUUGUAGAUAAGAGAAAGAUUGGAGAAGAAUUAAAGAUUCAUAAUAAGGCAGGAUACCUUGAUACUCAAGAUUUCUUAGGACGAGUUGAAGCUAGACGAGAUGAACAUUAUCUUAAAGCUAAAGAGGAUGAUAGACAAAGACAGUUUCUUCUUAAUGCGCAAGCCAACAACUAGUAAUGGUUAAUGAUUCGUAUGUAUAUUAAAUGUAUAUUAGUUGAAUUAAUGUAUAUAUCUUUAAGUAUAGAAUGUAUAGAAUGUAUAGAAUG